CCGGGCGCGAGCCGGGGCACCGGGCGGCGGCGGCGGCGCGCGCCAUGUCGUUCAGUGAAAUGAACCGCAGGACGCUGGCGUUCCGAGGAGGCGGGUUGGUCACCGCCAGUGGCGGCGGUUCCACGAACAAUAACGCUGGCGGGGAGGCCUCGGCUUGGCCUCAGCAGCCCCAGCCAAGACAGCCCCCGCCGCCAGCGCCGCCCGCGCUUCAGCAGCCCAAUGGGCGGGGGGCCGACGAGGAAACGGAAUUGGAGGGCCUGGAGCCCCAACACUUGGAGGCCUCCGCUGGGGCGGCCGCCGCCGCCGCCGAGGAAACCAAGGAGUUGCUGCUCCCCCAAGACGCGGUCGGCCCCACCUCGCUGGGCGGCGGUGGCUCGGGUGGCCCUUUGCUAGCGGAAAGGAACCGUCGGACUCUGGCCUUCCGAGGAGGUGGCGGCGGGGGUCUCGGCAACAAUAGCAGUAGCCGCGGCCGCCCGGAGACCUCGGCGUGGCCCCUGAGGCAUUUCAAUGGGCGAGGGCCGGCGGCUGUGGAUCUGGAGCUUGACGCGCUGGAGGGGAAGGAGUUGAUGCAGGACGGCGCGUCCCUGAGCGACAGCACCGAGGACGAGGAGGAGGGGGCGAGCCUGGGCGACGGCAGUGGGGCGGAAGGCGGCAGCUGCAGCAGCAGCAGGCGGUCGGGCGGCGAUGGUGGGGAUGAAGCGGAGGGCAGCGGUGUGGGAGCUGGCGAAGGAGAGACUGUCCAGCACUUCCCGCUCGCGCGGCCCAAGUCCCUAAUGCAGAAGCUACAGUGCUCUUUCCAGACCUCCUGGCUCAAGGAUUUUCCCUGGCUGCGAUAUUCAAAGGAUACUGGCCUUAUGUUUUGCGGCUGGUGCCAAAAGACCCCUGAUGAUGGGGGAAGCGUGGAUCUUCCGCAAGUGGGGCACGAUGAGCUUUCUCGAGGGACCCGUAACUACAAGAAAACCCUGCUUCUGAGGCACCACGUCUCCACCGAGCACAAACUCCACGAAGCCAACGCCCAGGAAUCAGAAAUUCCAUCAGAGGAGGGGUACUGUGACUUUAAUAGUAGGCCAAAUGAGAACUCUUAUUGUUAUCAACUUCUUCGACAACUAGAUGAACAGAGAAAGAAAGACAUUCUUUGUGAUGUCAGCAUUGUGGUGAGCGGGAAAAUCUUUAAAGCUCAUAAGAACAUCCUGGUUGCAGGCAGCCGUUUCUUUAAGACUUUAUAUUGCGUUUCAAACAAAGAAAGCCCUAACCAAAACAAUACUACCCAUUUAGAUAUUGCUGCAGUUCAAGGUUUUUCAGUCAUCUUGGACUUCUUGUAUUCUGGUAACCUGGUGCUCACAAGCCAAAAUGCCAUUGAAGUGAUGACAGUGGCCAGCUACCUUCAAAUGAGUGAAGUUGUUCAAACUUGCCGAAAUUUCAUUAAAGAUGCCUUAAAUAUAAGCAUUAAAUCAGAAGCUCCGGAGUCUGUAGUUGUGGACUACAAUAACAGAAAACCAGUUAAUAGAGAUGGUCUGUCUUCACGGGAUCAAAAAAUUGCCAGCUUUUGGGCAACACGGAAUCUUACCAAUUUGGCAAGUAAUAUAAAAAUUGAAAAUGAUGGUUGUAAUGUCGACGAGGGCCAAAUAGAAAACUACCAAAUGAAUGACAGUAAUUGGGUCCAGGAUGGUUCUCCUGAAUUGGCUGAAAAUGAAUCUCAAGGUCAAACAAAAGUAUUUAUUUGGAAUAACAUGGUCUCCCAGGGAAUUCAAGACACUGGCAAAACAAGGAGGAAAAACCAAACUACAAAGAGAUUUAUUUAUAAUAUACCACCUAAUAAUGAAACAAAUUUAGAAGAUUGCUCAGCGAUGCAGCCACCUGUUGCCUAUGCAGAAGAAAAUAAGACCCUAAUCAUUAAGGAGGAACCAGAUUUGGAUGGUGCUCUACUCUCAGGGCCUGAUGGUGAUAGGAAUAUGAAUGCAAAUUUAUUGGCUGAAGCCUGCUCUGGUCAAGAUGGAGGUGAUGCUGGUACUUCACAUGAUUUCAAGUAUGGUUUGAUGCCUGGUCCAUCAAGUGAUUUCAAGUAUGGAUUAAUACCAGGUACUUCAAAUGAUUUCAAGUAUGGAUUGCUACCAGGUGCUUCAAAUGAUUUCAAGUAUGGAUUAUUGCCAGAAUCGUGGCCAAAACAAGAAACUUGGGAAAAUGGUGAAUCAUCUCUAAUCAUGAACAAAUUAAAAUGCCCUCAUUGUAGCUAUGUAGCCAAAUACAGACGAACACUAAAAAGGCACUUGCUCAUUCAUACGGGAGUGAGAUCAUUUAGCUGUGAUAUUUGUGGAAAGCUGUUUACACGGAGAGAACAUGUAAAAAGACAUUCCCUGGUGCAUAAAAAGGAUAAAAAAUACAAAUGUAUGGUGUGUAAGAAGAUCUUCAUGUUAGCAGCCAGUGUUGGAAUAAGACAUGGAUCUCGACGCUAUGGUGUUUGUGUAGACUGUGCAGAUAAAUCACAACCAGGAGGGCAAGAAGGUGUAGAUCAGGGGCAGGAUACAGAAUUCCCUCGGGAUGAAGAGUAUGAGGAGAAUGAAGUAGGAGAAGCUGAUGAAGAGCUGGUUGAUGAUGGAGAAGAUCAGAAUGAUCCAUCUAGAUGGGAUGAAUCAGGAGAUGUCUGUAUGUCUCUGGAUAAUUAACUGACCUGCUACUAUACUCCUCAAGGAUGCUGCAUUUGGACAUAAUAUGAAUCGACAAUUUGGAUUGUUGAACUUGAAGGCUUGCAAAAUAUGGUACAUGCUGGAUGGUAGUUAUGUUGCUGUGAAAACUGUAGGGUCAAAGCCUUAUAGCAAAAAAAAAAAAAAAAUUAUAUUUGCACAGGACUAUACAGCAAACAACCAUGUGGUUGGAUUACAUGGAGUCCCCACAUAUUCAGUUAACAAAGUAAAAUAUUUUUUAUUUAUAGGAUAUACAGUAACUAUUUGGGUACUAUGAAAAUAUAGUACCUAUCCUUAAUAGAGCUUACAUUCAUGUGCCACUUUAACAUGAGUGAAGAAAAUCCAUUUAUGGAAGUACAGUGACAGUUGACCCAAUCACUUUGUCCAUCAAACCACUCAGGCUAGUUUGUACUAGUAGAGUUUUGUUUCUAUUUUUAUUUUUAUUAAUUUUAUUUUUUUUAAUACAGAUUUUCAGUGAGGGGCUUUUUCAACCCCAAUGGUUCUAUUUUCUUGUAUUUUUCCAUUUUAAUUUGCUUCAUAACUUAAACCAAGUCUCUUCUAGUCUUAGGUAUUUCUCAAUUUUGUGCUGAUGGGCAUGUUUAUAAGAACUGGAGAGGUAAUUUAUUGGAAUGAACUAACUGACUUCCCCCAACCCUUCUUUCCUUUUUUUGACAUGAAUUUUACUACUUCACAAAUGAAGAAUGAUGUUGCAGAGUUACCAUGGUGAAGUUGACAAAUACCACUAAAAUGAUUAUGAUUUAUAAGUAACUUUCUCCUGCUGCUCUAAUCUGAUAAAUGGUUACUAUAUGACGUUUUCUGACAUGGUAUUUGGUUUUGGGUAUCUGUUACUUUGGCACUAUUCUUGUUUGCCUCUUAUUAUUUUUGCCAGUGUACUAUACCUCAGCCUUAUUUGAAAGACAGAAAUCUGAUCAAAAAAAGUCAUAGAAACAAUAAGUAAAAUGAUUUGUUUUAUAAUUUAUCCUCCAUGUCCAGUUUGGUUAGCUUGUUAUGCAAUAUAAGUGAAAUAUCAGGUUUUUACUCCUGUGCCCUCUUUAUCAUUAAAAUUAACGCAAAAUGUUCAUUCUCUUUUGUUUCAUACUUACCGGAUAUUGAGUGUUUCGAAAUUAUGGUUAAUUUAUUUUUCCAUUCUUCAAAGUCACCUUGAAUAUAGUCUUACUAGUCACCAUGAUUCAACAAUCUACAAAUGUCUUUAUUAAGUUCUUUAGGGUACAAAGGAGGUGAUAUAUUAAGUUGUAAUUAUUAGAUAUUUAGCCUGGUGAUGAAUGAAUUGCUAUAUGUGGAAGUCUCAGAAACAUUUCACCUAUUAUUAAUGUGGACAUUUAUCAGGAGCAUAAUAUAUAAGAUUGAGGGACAUCAUUUUCAGCUUUCUUUUAAAUAAAAAUUGAGUAUAUUUUCCUAUUUUAUAUCAGGUAACUAAAUUAUGUUAGCUGUGUGAAAAUUUUUGCAAAGAUGCUUUGACAGAUAAAUUCUUUUGGUGCUCCAUCUAAUCAAAGUUGAAAAAUUGAUUUUUUUUUUAAGAGACAAACUUUCUCAUUGUCUCUGAUUUCAGUAGAAUAAUGGUUUAAUGUUAGUGAUGUUUCUGCUUGGGUAAAUCAGAAAUAAAAGGUUAGUUACAUGGUAACUAACUUUUUGUCAUCUAAACUUUAUUAUAGUUUCUACAUAAUUAUAAGCCUGACAGAUGAACAGUUUUGGUUUGAUUUUUUUUGUUUGUUUAAAACUGAAGAGUACAUCUUAUUCUCAGUGUUCUAGACAAAUAAGUAAAAUGUAAUUCUAGUGAGGUCCAAAGUAGAAAUUAGUUGGGCAAAGAUA